CACGUGGUACCAUGACGCUACAUGUGACGUCAGCGGCGGUGUGGGCGGGAUAGGAAGUGAACGCUACCUAGGAACUAGACGCUACAUUCUUGGUGCGCUUAAUACCUCGCCGCCUUGCCUCAGUCGGGCCCUACUGUCACAUUUGGGCUGCCUGUCCCAUAAUAUGUGAUCCACAUACAGGCAUGAAAAGGUUUGCACUUUAAAUGAUGAACAGCAAAAUUUUGCCAUUUUUUGAGGUUACCUACUUUUAGCCUUACUCCCCCGUUUUUACCCAAAAAAGUUAACCUUCACAAUGGCAAGCAAAAAAGAACCUCCGUUUUUUAAUGAAGAUAACAUUGGAUCUUUUCCCUGCAAACUACCUUUUUAUGAGACAAUGGAGCUAUUUAUUGAAACUCUUACUGGGACCUGUUUUGAGCUUCGAGUGUCGCCCUAUGAGACCGUGGCUUCCGUAAAAUCAAAAAUCCAAAGACUGGAAGGUAUUCCUGUUGCCCAGCAGCACUUAAUUUGGAACAACAUGGAACUAGAGGAUGAAUGUAGCUUAAGUGAUUACAACAUUUCUGAAGGAUGCACUUUGAAAAUGGUGUUGGCUAUGAGAGGUGGUCCAAUUAAUACGCGCAGAGUGCCUCUUGAAGACCCAAUCAGGGAAAUAGCAGAAUACAUGGAUCCUAUAAGAGAGGAUUUAUGGGAAAAAGGCUCUUCAAACAAACAGGUCACCUUCUUGGUGUACCGAGAAGGAGAGCAGUUAAAUUUUUUUCGUGUUGUAGACAGAGGUGAUGGCACAUUGACUCCUCUGUCUGAAUCCCUCAGUGGUGCUUCGGUAUAUAAUUUGUAUGCAGAAGAUGAAGAUGAAGCUGAGGGUUCUCCAUCUGGCCAACACAUUAUAGAGAAUGCAAUCACUAUGAACAAAAUGAAGUUACUGAAAUCCAAGAUGGAGAACAUGAACCUCAAUAAAAAGCCCAAGAAAAUGGCCAAAUUAAAACCAAGACCCCCCAUGAUACCACGUCCAACAAGUGGUUUAAUGUCGUCAUCUCGUCAUCGGCUUUUAAGGGUUCUCCCCCACAUUGGACAGUCUUAUCUACCUCCUGGAAAUUCACUUUCCUCUGAAUCGCCACAUACUGCACUUUCUGCCAUUGCUGCUGCUACUAGGACAAUACCAUCAAUUGCUGGGGACUAUCAAAAUAAAGAGGCCAGAUGGGAAACUCCUGAAGUGGUUCCUUCCCUUAAUAGUGUUUGCUUACCACCUACAGUUUCCCGUGUUGAACUGGAAAAUCCAAGAUAUAAUAAAAAUAAAGUUCUUCCUCCUGUUGCACAUUUAAAGAAAAAAGACAUCCUGGCAAUGGAUGAUGACUCCAUGUUUCAUCAAAAUAUGGACUUCAUGUCUAAUGAAGAAAGUUCCCACCCAAUAACAGAUUCCUUUGAUUUUCUAACUGAUGUAAGACCUAUAGAACCUUUUAGGAAUGUUUGCACCAUAGGACAGGUAAAGCCUGAAUUCAAAUUGACAGAGGGAAGAAAAGAUCCUUCGGCCACUGAGACUUCUCUUCGACCGGUGUCAAAAUCUUUGAAUCCUGAAGCAAUGGAUACUGGAAUUAACACUAGUGAUUUAAGUCCUGCACGAAGCAAACUUCUUACACCUGUUAAUUUCCCUUCUCAAAUAUCUCAUUUGUCCCCACCCAGCCUGCAGUGUCAGUCCAAAUGCUUUGAAACUGGAAACUUCAGAACACCUACUUCUCAAAACCUUUUUCGUUCAGUUGAAGCACGUAAUAUAGCGGAUCGCUCAUUUUCAAGAACAGCUAGGUUUAGAGGAGUAAAAGUCAAUUCUCCAGGAAAACAGUCAGAGGUAAUAUCCAAGAUGGAAGCUAGAGACAUCACUGAAUUGGCUAAUAAGGCUUCUAAAGAGCCUAUAGGCUCUCUAAACCAUUUGGGAUUUUUUGGUUCAUUGAGUCGAUGCACAAGUCGGGACACUAUGCAGAGCUCUACUGCAGAAAGGCCUUCUAAAGCGACUGUUACCCUAUCAAACAGCCUUCAUUGCCCUCAGGAAGAAAGAUUUAAAAAAAUACUACCCUCAUGCAACGCUGCAGAAUUAUUUGUUUCUGCACUUGGCCAUGGAGAGACAGAGAGUAAUCAAGCCACUGGAAAGGGCCUUGUAGAAGCAACACAUCUUUUUGCUCCUGUUAAGUCAACUUUUCGAAGCAAGAAAAAAACAACUAAGAACUGUUUUGUCUGUGGAAAGAAAACUGGAUUGGCAACAAGCUUUGAGUGCAGAUGUGGAAACAACUUUUGUGCAGCUCAUCGCUAUGCAGAAACCCAUGACUGCACUUAUGACUACAAGACAGUGGGAAGAAGGUUACUACAGGAAGCAAAUCCUGUCAUCAGCGCUCCCAGACUUCCAAAAAUCUAACUCUGGAAACUGCUCAGUCUGCACUAAUAACAAGAAUUGCUAAUCAUGCAUCACUUUUUCUGUGUUUCCAUAUUAAGGAAUGCCAAGGAGUCGGCACCUGCUUUUUUUUUUCUUUUAAUAAAUAAUGUGAAUAUUCCUUAUCUGGUUGCAGUUGGAUCAUUUUAUUAUUUAAAUUGAAAAAUAGUGGUUUUAAAAUGGUUUCACUCGUUGAUUUACCUUUGUUAUGUGUUUUAUAUUGGAGAGAAUGCUGUUUCAUUAGACAAGUCUUACAAAAGAUGCACUUUACUGAAUAAUUAUUACUGAAUAAUCAGAGGCAAUGGGGGGAAGGGGUCUUGUAUUCCCGUUGUGUUUUUGUAUUGUCUUUUUUUUCUGUUUGUUUAAAUUAUUUCUGUAAUACUUCCGGCACAACGCUGUAUGCUAAACAGCAAGCAAAAAUAUUACUAUACCGACUGUGUCCUUUAGUAUUCCUAUUCUUUUGUAAACCAACCUUUAUACAUGUCACAAAUGUUUUUUUUUAAAAUAUUGAUUGCUGUAAAAAUAUCUAAUAAAUAUUGUCUUUUACAAUUAA